CUCUCUCUCUUCCACGAUCGCCGAAGGAGGAAGGAGAGAGGAGACGGGUGGAGAAAGGAAGUCCGGCGCCGCCGUUGCUAUUGCUGCUGUCGGAUGCGCUCGCAGGCACGAUUGACAAUGCCCUAUGAACAUGGGAGGACAGACAGUAUCUUCGAAAAGUCUGCAGACAGGAGAAUCCGUAGUACCUUUAGGAGAUCAAUAGAUCAGAACAAUUACCAGUCUUGUUCAAAGGAAUUCGGCUUUAGGAGUUCUGAACAGAGGUUGCCUUUAUUGACAAUCAUUUUCCUUGACACUCAUGCAUCCAGGAAAGUGUCACCUUUUCCUUCACUCUUGCCAGGCGAAUUUUGCAGAAAGAAUUUUGAAUCUAUAUCUUCCUCUAAUAUGGAAAAUUCCAAGUCACCAUCUCCAAAUGUGUUCAAGGAUCCUGUGAUGUUAAAUUCAUCUUGCAUUUCCAGUGAGGCAAGUAGUUUGGACCACUCUGACAGCAGGAACAAAUUAUCCAAUUCUCUAGACAGUUCAACUACUUCUCUUCCUGGCUGCUUAAUAUCAGGUAAUUCUUCUGGUUCAGUUUGUGAUAACCCAAGUGCAGUUGGGUCAGAUUUUUUGGUAAGUGCUAUUCCAAAGGUGGACAAGAGAGUUAAAAGAAAUUCACGAAAGAAAGGGAAAAAAAAAGGAAAGCAGUAUAAACGAAUUGCAUCCAGAAAGGUUUUGACUGACUCAAAUGUUCAAUGUGAGGAAAACAACUAUAGCGCAUCUGCUUUUGAAACAUCUGAAAGCAGUAGUCUAUCUUCUUCAGCCAAACAUGUUUUAGAUAUUAAAUUGUCAGAUGAGGCAACACCCCCUGAUUUGUUGUUUACUGAUGUCACUGUAGAGAAGGAUGAUAGCGCAAAUAAUGUUGAAUUCGUUGACUGUUCAACAACCUUAUUGUCAUGUACAUCUUACAGCGAUGAGAUGGAUGAUUUUGAACCAGUUUCUUCACCUCAGAUAUUUGCUCGUGAUGAAUUCGGAUGCAACACUACAGCUUAUCUGGAUUUAUCAAGCACAAUUAAAGAUGCAGUAAUGGUUCCAUUUUCAUCUGAUGGGAGCACUAGAGAAGUAGUUUUUAAAGAAAACAACAUUUUUCAUGAUAAUUUCUCAAGCAUCUCUAUGGAUAAUUAUAAUUCCGUGGUUGAUUCAUCUUUUGAUGGUUCUAACAGUGAUAUUGGCGAGAACUCUAGUGAUGACACUGUGAUGCGGUCACCUGUCAAGGAUGAAAGUCAACCGAGUUCUUCAGAAGGUGAAAUAUUUUCACCUUCUAAAGAGCUUAUACAACAUGAAUCCUCAUCUCACACAACUGUAAAUUUAUGCAGUGUGAAUACUGACAUAUCAAAUAACUGUUACACCAGUGAUGCCUAUUUGUCAAAUGAUGUCCUUGAUGCUUGCAGCAGUACUGAAAGAGCUGAUUGCAGCAGUCAGGCUGGCAGCAACGAUGACUUCCAUCCUGUUAUAGCUGGAAAGCGAGGUAGAAGGUCUAGAAGAAUUAUUGGCAAUGGUAGUUUAAAUGGAACAAACAGAUAUUUUACUGCAAACAAUCAUGGUCACACAGGUAAAGAUAAUAAUUACUCCAUAUGGCAGAAGGUCCAGAAGAUUGAAAGGAAGGAAGGUGCUUCUAAACCUAAUAAUGUCAGUGUUUUGUCUUCUCAUGGUGAGGUUUCAUCCAAGGAAACCAAGACAAAAAUGAAACUUGAUAAAUUUGUUGGGCUAAAGCAAAAACAGUGUGGAACAACCUACAGAUACCCUUGUCCAGAUGAUACAUUUAAGAUAGAGGCAAGCCAAGCAGCACCCAAUUGUCCUAAGACAGUUCAACCUCUAUCUAAAUCCGCAGUUGGAAACUCAGUAAAUAGUGUGAAAAGCAAAUCUAGUUCAGCUGUGAAACAUGCAAAUCAAUGUAAUAUUAGUGGAUCUCAUACUGGUAAGAGUGACAUGGACAAAGCCUUGAAGCAUCAUGUUCAGCAAAAAGAAUGUUUGCGGAAUUCAUCAUUCACAGCUGUUGAUAAAGACCACAACAUAGGAUUUAGAUCACCUAACAAUAGCUUUUCCCAAAGAUGUUUGGCUAAGCCAACUGAUGACUGUUGUCAACCAGAACCAGAGAAGGAAAUACAUGUGCAUACUGAGGAGGCAACGCCACCAAGAAACACAUGCAAUGGAGUUUGUCUUAUGGAUUUGCCAGCUGUUCAUAGUGAAAUUGGCCAAACUCCAACAACAAUGAAUCAGAUUGGUCACAGGCAGAUUGAAGGUAAUUCCGAAGUUGGUCCUACAAAGUACCGAGAAUCUAGCAGCCUGUCAAGCAGUGCUGGGAAUCUGAUACAGAAGUGGGUCCCAGUGGGGAGAAAAGAUUCCGUAUAUUCAGAUACGGGCUAUUUUGAAAAGGUUUCUAUCACAGAUGAUGCAGUUACUGAUCGAUCAUAUCCAAAUGCUGCUGGACUGGUGGGUUCAAGUUUGAAUAAAUUAUUUUCUGUUUCCAAGGAUGGAGAAUUCUCAAAUCCUGGAGCUAGUAAAUUGAUCAAAAAGUUGAGCAGCUGCCCUCGUUCAGCUGAAGCUUCUGAUCUACAUGCUGAGAUCAAUUUCCAAACAAAUGAAAUGAAAGACAAGGAAUUUAACAGUGUUGCAACUGAAUUAGACAAGAUAAUACAAGCUGUUAAUGAUGCCUACAAAUUGCAGACCAUGGCAGAAGUUGUUCAAUUGGUAACUGGCCAUCCAUGUGCUAACUUCGAGAAAUUUCUUUUUCUUGCCUCCCCAGUCAUUAGAAAAACACAACAUAGCAGAAGCUGCAGCAGUUGUUUUCCAGAACAACUAAUAAGUAACUCUUUUUGCUGCCAUCAGAUUCCUAACAUUGCCUUGAAGAGCAUUUGGCAGUGGUAUGAAGAGCCUGGCUGCUUUGGGUUGGAAGUGAGGGCACACGAUUAUUGCAAUUCUAGAAGGCAACAUAAUGGUCGUUCUGAGUUUACUGCAUAUUUUGUACCUUAUCUUUCUGCUGUUCAAUUAUUUGGAAAAUCCAGGAGUGCCAGAUAUUGCAAUAGGAGUGGAGAGGCAGCCAUAACUUGUGAGGAAGAUAAGAGAGAAAAAUAUUUGGGCUCUUUCCCAAACUUAUCGAUGUUAUUGCCCCAACCUCUUAAGGACACAAAUGCUUGCUUAUCAGAAUCAUCUUCUUCUGCUGCAGAGGAGAUUUUUGAUAAAAGCAUUCACAUGGAUCAUGCGGAGCUUUUUUUUGAAUAUUUUGAAUCUGACCAGCCUCCUUGGCGACGUCCAUUGUAUGAGAAGAUCAAGGAACUGGUAUCUGGAGAUAAAUUACCUGCUAGCCGCAUAUUUGGAGAUCCCUUGAAGCUGGAAUCUCUUAACCUGCAUGACCUUCAUCCUGCUUCUUGGUACUGUGUGGCAUGGUAUCCUAUAUACCGUAUACCUGAUGGAAAUUUUCAUGCUGCUUUUUUGACAUAUCACUCUCUGGGUCAUUUUGUCCAUCAAAGUGCCUCGGCAUGUGUUCCAGGUGCUUUCACAAAUGUAGUUUCUCCAGUUGUAGGUCUGCAGACGUACAGGGAUAAGGGGGAGAAUUGGUUUCAGCCAAGGGAUAUGGAUCUGAAGGUUUUCCAGUCUGAAGAAGCACAUUUUUCCAACACCUCCGACUUACUGAAGGAGAGGCUGAGGACACUCAAGCAAACUGCAUCUGUGAUGGCAAGGGCAGUAGUUCAUAAGCGCGAUCAAAGAUCUGCGAACAGGCAUCCAGACUAUGAGUUCUUUGUGUCAGGGAGCUGGUAGAUGGUUGUCCAUCCUUUUCUCCAAAGAUAAUAUCUCAGAGCUUCUCAGAAAUUUUGUAACAAUGCUAGAGAAUAGUUUAGUGCUAACCCAAAGGGUUCUUUUUCCUUGUAAUGUGACGUAUGCAGGAACCCGAUGUAGGACAGGAAUUGCAAGAUUUUGAACGUGAAUUGUUGUCGUAAGUUUGCAUACCCCCGAUGUAGAACAGGAAAUGUAUGAUUUUGAACGUGAAUUGUUGUCGUAAGAGUUUGCAUACCCCCGAUGUAGAACAGGAAAUAUAUGAUUUUGAACGUGAAUUGUUGUCGUAAGUUUUACGCUGUC